AUGAGACAAAGAGUGUCAAAAGUGGCUGGGCCACUCGUUCGUCGCUGUGCCGACCUCGGCUAUGGCAAUUUUACCGGCACAGAGUUCUGCCUCACAGCUGGAAACUCAAAUGAACAAGCUACAAACUGUCUUACAAAUCCAUAUAACGGUAACUCGAUUGGAGGCAAAGACCUUGGAGACCGUGCCAAUACACUUGGCCGUAAAAGCCGCGUCAAGCUGACGCAAAAUGGUGUCACACAUCUAACUGCGAUGCGUGGGUCGGCAUACAGGGUUUCUGUGGAACCCAAUGUCAACCCUUUUCGUGGCGGAACCGCGAUAAGUUCGGCAAUAGCAUUGGCGCCAUUGUUCAGGGGCAAAGUGUUACCCUAUAAGGCCAAGGCAUAUUUGGGGCGCUGGAUACUCGCAGAACAUGCAACAAUUAACGCAGACAAUUUCAAUCCGCUAGUUGGGGCUAUUGUGGCGCUGGGACUUGCCAAUCGCGACUUAAUCCAACUUUGUAUAACGAAGCUCGAAGAGAUGCGCUUGACAGCCUCGUACGACAAAAGACAGCUACAUGAUGCGGCGUUACUCAUAUUAAAUGUGCCUGAAAUACAGGUUCUUGUACAUCCGACGGAAGUCGGGCGUUGCCUAUCGGUAUUGCGUUCUAGCGCCGACGCGACUGUUGACGCCAAUCUGCGGGUGGCGGCUCUAUAUAUUAAGAUGUUGCCCACAGGACUAGUUCAAAAAGAAGAACUUGGCAGUGUCAUAUCUAUUAUCGUCAGUACGCACCGCACAGUGCGAAAACAAAUGACGUUGGUCGACUGUGCAUCUGCCAAUGUGCUCAUCAAUGCCGCAUGGGCAUACAUUAACGCCAUAGGAGAUGGCUGGUAUAACGAUGUGCACGGUAAACAGAUCAGAGAAUAUAUGGAGAGAAUUGUGAUACCUGAGACGGAGCUUCACGUCAAUGUUUUCACUGCCACACAAAUCACGGAGCUUAUCUCAUUCAUGGCGUACGCUGGGCUUAAUACGCACACACAUGUAUUAGAAGUCUGUUCAGAGCGUUUUGUAAGAGAUGUGGCACAAUUCUCAGUUUCCAAUAUCCUCGCAUUUCACACAGCUCUGAUGCGGUUGGGAUACCGACAUGACCGGGCUAUCAUGACCUUAAUCGUCACUCUGACAAGGCGCGAACAGUCUAUAGACAGUGUAGACCACGUCAUAUGUUUGUUAGAGAUCAUGUAUGGAGUCGGAAUAAACAGCGAGUGUAUGUAUCAAUUCGUCUCCGAGCAGCUGAUGCAGCUGGGACACAAAGUUGGGAGACGACACUGCGAAAAACUUGCGCAGUUAUUUGCUCGUUCGGGAAAUAAACUAUAUAGCCUAUUAAACCCAUCGGCUCUGCAGGUGCUGGAUCGCUUGCGAGCUAAAUACGUUAUAAAGUUACGUUAA